CUGGCGGCACUGCUGGGCACUGGUGGGUGGCACUUCUGGGCACAGGUGGGUGGCACUGCUGGGCACAGGUGGGUGGCACUGCUGGGUGGCACAGGUGGUUGCACUGUUGGGCACAGGUGGGUGCAUUGCUGGGCACAAGUGGGCGGAACUGGUGGGUGGCACUGCUGGGCACCGAUCAUCAGGGCACUGAUCAUCGGUGCCGAUCCCUGCUCUAACAACUGCUGGUUCUUGGCAGGACUUUCCUCACGAUCUGACAGCUUGAGGAAAGUGCAGCCGAGAACCGGCAACUGC